UGGUAGCCACAUGUAGGUUCUGGGUACCACCAGAGGGGGAAAAGUCAUCGCAGAGAUCCAGCUGAUGGUCGACGUAUUGGUCGAGCUUCCUCAGUCACUGUUGGACCGCACGCUGGUCUGGUCUACGUGUCUCGCUAGAUAAAUCCGGUUCUGAUCUAAAUUUCCAGAAGAACGGAAAGCGCAUUACAGCGACCUUGACCUUUGGAUUGCGAGGUCGCGCGAAAACUAGCGGAAACGAAACGCGAAGAUGAUACCGGAUGCAGAAGCUGUGUGUCAGACUUCCGAGGCUGCGGUCGACAGCGGCGGCGAUGUAUACGAGAAGAUUAAGGACCGGCAGGAAAAGGAAGUGGCGUCGGUGACCGCCUGGAACCGAUACCAGCGACUAGUGGCCGCGAUGGAGUCUCGAGGUGGUGAAUUCAACCGGAAGUCUAUGAUCGAGGCGAUCUUUCGCGGCAGCGAUCUCGUCUACGUCACUCACUGAUCGGCGGAUCGAUCGGACGCGAAUGGAAAUCUUUCGCGCGUUCCUCUACCAAAGUGCCAGCCAGUAUCAAAUCGCUUUCGCGUAGUGGCGUAGAAUUCGCGAGUCGCAAUAUCGUCAGCGCCGUUUCAAUAUCUAAUAGAUCUACGUACGAGUAUCUCGUCCGCAAAAAUUUAAAUGAUAUUUACAUUCUUUCUUUCUACUAGGAUGAAAUAAUAAUAUACGACAUUGUUACUUUAUAGAUUCCUAUAAAGAGCUAGUUAUAUCGCUACAAACUUAUUAGAAGACUUAAUAAAUUUUCACUAAAAAAAAUUUGUCAAACAGUAAAUAGUCAAUUGAAGCUCGCGUCACUUUUUAUCUGUAGGGGAAUAUAAAAUGUGAGAAUGUAACGUCGAAAGUAAAAUGUGAGAGCGCAGUUUGACGCGGUUAACGUGGCUGUGUAUUAUAGUUUGAUGUCGAGCGUACUAUUUUUAGAUCCGCGAGGGGAGUUUAAUGGUUCCGGGAGACGAAUGCUUUCAUAAGUUUAUACUAUAAAGCAAGUAUCGUUACAUACGCGUGUCCUUGGAGAACUCUAAACAAAUAAUUCUUCAAGUUGACUAAGGCACGCAUAUAUUUUCAUUAACGCUAAAGUCCAAAUUGUAUUAACAAGUCACGUAUUAUUCUGUUAUAUGCAAUACGUUUUUGAGCAGAAAUAAAAUUGAAUUACGUAAGAACGAUAAAUGCACUGCCUGGCAGGCAAAAGAUUAGAUUUUCAAGAUAAAAUUUUGCAAAAUUGCUAGUUAAUUAUUAACAUUGACGAAUUUGGGAAACUUUUUACGUUCUUGACACAAGCACAUAAAAUGUAGCGAUUACUCUUCGAAAAAAGGUUCUACAGACAUUUAUGGGUGAUUACGUAUAUCAUAAUAAUUAGCAAACGUGAGUUAACUCUUUUAUGACUUAAUUUGUUUUGUUUAUUAUUAUUUUUAGUGAGUCACUAGCACCCUAAUAAAUCAGAGAGGCAACAAAUGUAAAAGAGAGGCUGGUAUGUUUCUCAGUCAUGAAAGGGUUAACGCAAGCGAGCGCGCCGCGUUUCUACGCCAUUGAUCAAUGCAAUCGUAGAUGAAAUACGAUUAACGAUGCCAAACUGUGUAUUACUAGUCAACAUAUGCAUAAUAAAUUGUGAAAGAAUAGGAUAGAUCGCACUUAAUUAGGCAAUUACGUCAACGGUGGCGAUUACGAUGUCGCUAUCACGCGAUAGACGACGGAAGGCGUGACUGUAAUCUGCCACAUGAAUACAUGCGACAUUGGCUAUGCUCAAUCUUGCCAGCAACACUCGCUAUAUGUAUAUAAGGAAAAAAUAUAUGCCAGAGGUUGAAGCUAAUAAUUAUUAAAUGUAAAACGAUUGCGUUAUCGCUAAUUUCGCGAGAAUAAGACGAUCGUAAUCGAAUGAUCGAAAGAUAAAUGGUGUUUUAAUUGUAAACAAAUCAAUUUAAUAAAAUGGAUUAUAUUUAUUUGAAAUUUUAACGUUGCAUAUUAUCGAUCACCAUGAGUAUGUAUUAUAUUUGACAAUUUGUGAGCAAAGAUAUUAGGAUAAAUAUUAAAGAUUAAUAUCUUUAAUCGGACUUAUGUUAAAGAUUAGAUAAACAUUUUAAUGGCAAAAUAAUGGAAAUUUUUAACAAAGUUUUUACUUUGUACUAAAGUAACUUUAGUUUUGCCACGAAGUGAUAUGCAAAGGCAAUCGCUGAUAUUUUCCUUAAAUCCAUAGGUAAAAUAUAUUUACGAUUAAUUUAUACAAUUCGCUCGUCACUUUCACGACAAUUAAAUGAACAGAUCGUGGAGCCACGCGUAAUUGUAUACAUGUAAAUAAUCGCUAUCUUAAAUUAUAUCGUGAUACAAAUAUACAAAAUAUUUACACAA